AUGGGCGAUCAUGUUGCUAAAUCGGAAGAUCCACUCCGUGAGCAGAAGGGCGUUGAAUUGCGUGUGGUCAAGCAAGAGGUAGAUGAAGAAGCUGAGACCUGUGCCACUGCAUCAACUUCUGAAAUUCCACCUGCAAACGAAGUGGUGGCUGGCUACGAAGAAACGGAAAGGGGGGGGGUUGAGCCGUCCAAUCGAGUUAGCCAACGCGCAGCUGCUGAAACUGCAAGCAAUUUACGCGCCGGUCAGGCAACUCGCGAAAUCUUCGAGCUUAGUCCGCUUGAAAGGAGAAUUCGUCAGAAUCGUGGUUACAAUGAGAACGACUGGACGAGUGAAGAGCUGAAAGCGCUCUAUGAAGGAUAA